GAUGCUUGUCAAAGAAUUGACUGCAACUUGAGCAACCAUCAAACAAUUCAUUCUCACCAAAUCAACCUCGAUCAUCCCACCAACCCAUGUAAAGAAGGAGUCAUUGACGGUCACAUUUUCACUCACUCUUGCCGCUGCCAAAGAGUUUAUUCACAUAAUCUACGGAUACACCUGGCCUCUCUCAGUCUCGUCAACCUCGUAAUACCAAAAGUAACACAUCCCCUUGAACGGCCGACUGGCAUCUAUCAUUAUAUCGCACCAGUUUAACUUGGCGUACCAAUUUUUCCGUCUGAAAGCACGCGUAACUCCUCGGAAAAUUGGUCAUUAAACAUAUAGCCAGUGGUGUCACAUAGCCGCAAUGGCAAACUCCAAGGCGGCGACUUCUGACUCUGCGGAAGCCCUGCAUGGACUUAUUAACGAUGUGUUGAUUCAAACAGGCAAGGCAUUGAAGUCUCUUAGCAAAGAUGGCAGGCAUCAAUUCCAGGCCCAAGCCUCUCUGCAAACAAAGAUGCCAGAGAUUAUCGAAAACUUCCACUGGAAACUGGAUGAUUUAGAGAGCGAGAUAAUACGGGCCAAGGCUGCCUUGCAAAGAGAUCUGGAUCGGUUCCAGCAAGCAAGACAACCGGUGCAACUGCCUGCGCCAGUCGAGGCGCAAACCAAAUCACCCAUGGCCAUCGACCUCGACUCAUCAUCUCGGGAGCCAACCCCUCCUGAGAACGAGCCCAAGAUCACGGAGGCUACGGGCCCUCACCGGGUCCCUGCAGAACCGAGCACAGCACCAUCCAUGGCUCCGUUCCCGGACAUGGGCGUCAGCUUCCAGCCAGCGCCAGAACCCAGUCCCCAAGUGAAGCAGGAGAUGACGCCCGCGCCACCCGCUGCACCGCCGGCUAUGAUGGCCCCCAUGGGCGAGAUCAAGCAGGAGAUGAAGGCCUCGCCGCCAAAUUCACAACCUCAGCCGUCAGGUGCCCCAGAGGCGCCCAUGGACGACUUGUUCGACCUCGGUGGCGAUUCUGGAGGCGGUACUGAGGGCAACAACCCAGAGUUCCAUUUCACAGAUAUGACCUUCAGUCUGGCGCCACCCAGUAACGAGGCACCAGACCAAGCCCAGGCACAGGAUGCGGCCAUGGACAUGUCAUUCGGUUCCGGUGAUAUGGGCGGCGACCUCUUGUCACUCGAUAAUCUCCUUCCUCCAGAUAAUGCCACAAAACAAGAGACUGGCGUAGCUCCGCCAGCAUCUGCAACAGCUGUGACAGCGUCUACAGCCGGGCAAGAGAAACCGGUGGAGGCCAAGAUGGAGAAGCAGGAAUCAACGAAUCUCGACGAUCUAUUCAAACUCGACGGUAACACAAGCAUGGAGAACAUGGAUCUCGACAUGAACAUGGGCGGGGACGGGGGCGACGGCAACAGCUUCGAUGAUAUGUUCUUCGGGGACAUGACGGAGAUGGAGCACGGCAAGUUUGACGAUGCCUUUUUUGGGAUUCAGUAAACACGGGGUUACUUCGAAUUGUCGUUGCCGGACCGACUUUGUUUGGAUUCGUGCUUCUUUCCAUUUAGUAGGCGUCAUGGAGAUACAUGAUUAUCGGUUUUGGCACUGGACCAUGGGGAAAAGGGGUGGCCUACUUUAGAAAACCGAUUUGACCACAUCUACGCACCACGAGUAUUGCAGGCCCCCAGAAUGGCCCUUCGAGCAAGCUAUCGCCCAGAUAUUUCCUAAACAAAAAAUGUCAUCGCAAAAUCCCGAGUUAAGCAUUCCGUAAAGAGGGUUGAAGGACGAAGCUAUAGUUCUGACAUCUGAGGGUGUUUCUCACAUACACGCAACCAUCGUCUAGACUUACAAAUGCUUGCUCUCUUGACGAAUGACGGGGAAAUCUCAACGUACCUAGCCUCAAAGGGAUCUUGAUCACGGUGAUACGCGCAUCUUAGAUAGCUCAGUUCAAGUGUUC